ACUGUCAUGCAGCUGACUGUCAGCUGCUUGCAAUCAUAAAAUUGAUAAUCGCAGUUUUUAAUUAAAAUUAUUAAAUUUGCUACUUGCUGAUAACUUCUAUUGUGGUUUAAAUGGAUGGCAAUUGAGUGGGUGCAUAUUAUUAGUGUUUCUCGGUGCCUAAACAUCGACGCAUCACCAUGCCGGGCACAAAUCUCAUCGUGCCCGUUGUGCUCUGGGGCAAGUACGCCCCCACUCACUGCGUCUCAGCCGUAUAUCUAUCCAGAGACCAGAAGACACUCGUCACAGGCUGCUAUGAUGGCCAAAUCUGCAUAUGGGCCGUGGACCCGGAGUCAUUGAAGAUGACUCCUCGCUGCUUGCUCGUGGGGCAUACUGCUCCGGUUACUUGUUUGUCCAGAGCUUCUAUAAUUCAGGAUAACAACUUCAUUGUGAGCUCCUCUGAGGCUGGAGAAAUGUGCACUUGGGAUCUCGUAGAUGGAAAGUGCCGUGAGAGUGUUAAACUUUCUCAGAUACACACUAACAUACAGGCAUAUCACAUGUGCAACAGUGACGACUUACGGCUGUUUUGCAACGGCUACUACGCCGAGAUCCUGAUCAUGGACCCGUUCUCAUUGGAGAUACUGUUCUCGCUCAGCUCCAAGAUGAACCCGGAUUGGAUAUCUGCUUUGCAUGUGCUUCGACCAUCUUCGAGGAAAGACGACGUCGUUUUGGCUAUUUCUAUUACUGGGACGGUUAAAGUAUGGUCCCUCUUAGGCCACGAGAACAAGCAAUCCGAACCGAUAUACGAAAAUGAGUCGAAGCAGAUUCGCUGUCUCAACGCGUUAUCACUCAACUGUUGUGCUUACAACCAGCGGACAGUGCUCAUAGUGUGUGCGAAGUACUGUCAGAUAUAUGACGCCGGUGAUUUCUCCGUCCUCUGCUCUAUUCAAGCCCCUAGUGGCGAGCGCUGGAUGUCGGGUGACUUCCUCGCCCCUGACCGCGUGUUAGUUUGGUCUACGGAGGGCAAGGGGUACCUCUACAGGCUGCCCGCAAACUCCGUACCAGAUCACAAGGGUUUCCACGGGCCUACUGUGGCUCACGAUAGCCCCGUCCUGUUUGGUAUCUUGGCCCAUCCUGAUAACAAAUUACUAUCAUGCCCGCCGGCAAUGCGUUUUGUGAUCACGUCAGUGGGAGGCAAACAGCGGCGCCUGUUACUUCGCGGCGACUCUCUAGGGACCGUGUCUGUUUGGAACGUGGACGAGGCCGCUACGCCGGCGGUGGGGACUAUUCCUUCCCACGCGCCCAUUGUGCUGACCAGCCUGGAUAUGGCCUGGGCGGAGAUGAAUCCCAGCCCUGUUGGUAUUUUGGACCAAUUGCACCACCCUGAGGAACCCGAAGUAAAACUCACGGCUUCCAUCUACCUACUAGCUGCAAACCGUCUUGUAGUAGGCCGAGAAGAUGGCUCCAUAGUCAUAGUCAACGCCACACACACCGUUCAACUUCAGUUGUUGCAUGGAAAACAUCAACAAUUGGACGAUUGGCCACCUCAUCAGUUACUGCACGGUCAUAAUGGAAGGGUCAACUGUCUUUUGUACCCCCACCAUGUUCAUCCAAGAUACGACAGAUCCCACCUAGUCUCCGGUGGUAUAGACUUCGCGGUUUGUCUGUGGGACUUAUUCAGUGGUCAACUGUUGCACCGUUUCUGCGUACACGCCGGAGAGAUUACGCAGCUCAUCGUUCCGCCGCAUAACUGCUCUCCCCGAAUCCAGAAGUGUAUUUGCUCCGUUGCAUCCGAUCAUAGUGUGACACUGUUAAGUUUGGCCGAGCGGAAAUGCGUGACUCUAGCUUCACGCCACCUGUUUCCGGUUGUCAGUAUAAAAUGGCGGCCGGGCGACGAUUUCAUGGUCGUCGGAUGUAGCGAUGGCACCGUCUAUGUAUGGCAGAUGGAAACCGGCCAUUUGGACAGGGUGUUGCACGGUAUGAUAGCAGAAGAAGUGCUAGCAGCAUGUGAUGAAACUGUAGCAGAUGAUCUUGGAGGAUCGUUGGCGGCAGGUGGGGGUGGUACCGACCUACAAGGCGCUGCGAACCCUGCUGUGCAUUUCUUCAGAGGUCUCCGUCAUCGCAAUCUAAACGCAAUGCGUGCCGCCACGCAGCGCGGCAUCGCGGCCCUGCAGGCGCCCGCGGGCGGCGGCGGCGCCGGGCCGCUCGCCGAGCCCGCCAGGGCGCGCCGCGCACAGCUCACCGUGCAGGGCUUCAGGAGCAACCCGAAAGAUCCGGAGAGCCAUAUCCUCUUCUUCGACAUCGAAGGACUCAUCGUCGAGUUGCUGAGCGAGGAGUAUUCUUGCAUGAGCCCUGGGACUUUAGAGGCUGCCGGUCUCAUCACCAGCGAAUACAUGACAAUGGCUGCUCUCACGCAGUCUGCGAGUCCUGACGCCACCAAAAGGAUAUCCGAUUUCUUCGGCCGCGUGAAAGACAAGGCCGGCGAUAUGGAGAGGAUAUUGAAAGAGAAAGACAAACAUGGUAUCCUGGCCAAGAUGAAGGAGGGCGCGGAGACGGUGCAGACCAAGCUGCAGGCUAAGGCGGAGCAGCUGAAGGGCCAUAUGGACAAUAAAGACCAAUCUAGCCAGGGUCAGAAGAAGCGUCCUGCCGAUAUGACCUUAGCUGAGCCUCCUCACACCAUGCAGAUUGCCCAGAUCCUGAUAUCGCUGCUGCACGCUUGGGGGCUAGAUCCUGACCUAGACAGAGUAUGUGAGGCUAAGCUGGGGCUGCUGAGACCUAUGGUCCCAGUUUGUUUCGGUGUGGUAUCCCGUCACGGUCACAUGGCGGUACAGCUGCCAACUCGACUUGGAUCAGUCGCCGCUGGCGUAAAGGAUCCUCAACUCCUCAAGUCAGAUUUGCCACCAGAACUUUUAAGGCAGGAGGAGCUUACCAGACUGUUCUCAUCGAAGUUACACUGGGAGCUCAGCACGACUCUGACCACCAAUCAUUUGCUGUCCAUCGUGGCUCUGGCCAACACUCUCAUGUCAAUGAGUAACGCCACCUUCAUACCGGAGCAGGAGUUUAACCGAAGGAUGCACAGGCCUUCAACCAGAAGCUCAUCAUCAUGGGCCGGUGAUGAAGAAAGGGCUGAGCAGUUGGCCGCUCAGCAACAGCAUAUUAAACAGGGCUGGUCUCUCCUGGCCACGCUACAUUGUGUACUGCUGCCUGAUAAAGUGGUGGCUGCUGGGGCAAAGAGCUUCAAGCGUCCGCAAGUUGAAAUGCUCGCCCGCAGAUGGCAGCACCACUGCCUUGAAGUGCGCGAGGCGGCGCAGGCGUUGCUUCUCGCUGAGCUUGGAAGAUUGGGCCCUAAAGGUCGAAAGGGUCUGGUAGAUAACUGGGCCCAGUACUUGCCACUAUACACGCACACAGAGAGCAUCAACCCUCACGCUGCGCACAAGGAACCCGCCGCUGAGAAGGCCGCUAAAGCUGAGGAAGAAUUUGAGGAGGAAGAGGAGGAGAUAGUCCGCAAGCCCUCCUCCCUGGCUGAACUGAAACGCAAGCAGACGACAGCAGUAGUGUUACUCGGCGUGAUCGGCGCUGAGUUCGGUCAAGACAUCACUAGUGAAGGAGCAGCGGGCAAUAAGAGACGCAAGGAUGGAGAUAGCAGAAAGAGCUCCGUCGUCGAAGGCUUCACUUUAUCAGCCUCCAACAACCUGGCGCGCCUGACGGCGCUCGCGCUCACACACCUGCUGCUGUCGCCGCCGUGCGCGCGCCUCCCUGCACAUACCCCACUGCGGCGCGCGGCCGUGGACUUGCUAGGACGAGGGUUCACUGUGUGGGAGCCUUAUUUGGACGUCAGCCACGUGUUGUUAGGUCUGCUGGAGAUGUGCUCGGACGCGGACAAGCUCGUGCCGUCCAUGAGCUACGGACUGCCGCUCACCGCCCAGGCCGACUCCUGCCGCACGGCACGCCAUGCGCUCACUCUCAUCGCCACCGCUAGGCCAGCUGCCUUUAUAACAACCAUGGCCCGCGAGGUCGCCCGCUGCGCCGCUGCCCAACAGUCCGGGCAACCAUCGCCCGCCUACCACGCUCUGCAGAAGGGCAGAGCCGAAGUCCUGAGGGGCAUCGAGCUACUUAUCGAUAGAAUGCAUAAUGAGGUUGCUGAAUUGCUGGUUGAGGUGAUGGAUAUAAUUCUGCACUGUGUGGACCAGUCUCACUUAAAGAGCAAGGGUCUCAACGAGGUGUUCCCCGCGAUCUGCCGGUACAACCAAGUGUCCCACUGCCCCGCUACUAGAAGAAUUGCAGUGGGCAGCCACACCGGCCAACUCGCCAUGUACGAGCUCCGCGCCGGUCGCUGCCAGUCCCUCGCGGCCCACAGCGGACCUGUGACCGCCUGCGCCUUCAGCCCUGAUGGACGCUAUCUCGUAUCCUACGCCACUGCGGAUAACCGGCUCUCAUUCUGGCAGAGUACCGCUGGUAUGUUCGGGCUCGGCGCGGCGCAGACCCGCUGCGUGAAGUGCUACAGCACGGCGCCCAUGGCCGACGUGGCGCGCCUCAACCCGGCCCGCCUCGCGCGCCUCGUGUGGACCAACUCGCGCACCGUCACGCUCAUGCUCGCCGACGGCUCCGAGACGCGCUUCAACGUCUAAAACGAUUCAUAAAACACAUUUGUCAAUAGUUAUCCUGGUCACGGGCACCAAAUUGUAACAGUUGAGCUCCAAAAUCCUAAACUAAUUAAAAGCAUAUGCUUUUAAUUAGUAUAGUAUAUGCUUUUAAGCAACUAUCUAACUAGAGGCUUUUCGACGUCUAAAACAAUUCAUAACAAACAUUUGUCAAUAGUUAUCCUGGUCACGGGCACCAAAUUGUAACUGUUGUGUAAGAGCUCCAAAAUCCUAAACUUAUUAAAAGCAUAUAAGCAGCUAGCUAACUAGAGGCAUAUAAAAACCACCAACUCGCGCACCGUCACGCUCAUGCACGCCGACGGCUCCGAGACGCGCUUCAACGUCUAAACGGGAUGAGUUCUUACUCAGAUUCAUCCAAAAAAAUACUAGAGAAUAACUUUCACCAAGUGUAACAAUGCAAGUAAUGCCAGUGCAACCUGCGUUGCCCGGCAUUGCUUGCGUUGAAAAUUAUGCUUAAGCAUUUGUUAAAAAGUUUUUGAAAUAAAAAUGUUGUCAAUAAGAAUCCUGGUCACGGCACCAAACUGUAACUACUGUAUAAAGAACUAGAAAAUGCCAAACUUAUUAAAAGCAUACAAGUAGCGACGACCACCAAUUUCACUCAAAAACAGAUAAAACAAAUAAAAAAAAUUUUUAAUAGUAUCCUGGUCAGGGCACAAAAUUGUAAAACCCCAAAUGAACUUUAAAUGUAGUUAAAUUGCAAACUUUAGAAGACGAGAGCCAACCACAGUAGAAGUUAUCAGUAUCAGGACAGAUAAAAAGCCACAAAGGUUGAUUGGACUCUUCUUAUUCAUCUGUAUGACAGCUACGACAAAUACUUGUGAAAAGUACUGACAUGAGUGGUUUUUAUAUAAAAUGACGUUCAGGGCCAGUCUAUUAAGGGGCAGAAAGAGACAAGCUAAAACCUCCCUUGUCUGUUCUAUAAACCCAAUCUUAAAAAUUUUAAGUGCUCGGGUAGCAAUUGUAAAUCCGCUCAUGAGCUGCGGUUUACCGACCCCUGGGCUAAUCAAAUCCAUUGAAAAACAUUUAUAACAAAAUGUCGCAAUAAAAAAAGCAAUUUUUCAAUAGUAAUCGUGAUCACGGCACCGAAUUGCAAGUGUUUUAUAAAUAUUUCUAAAAGUAAAACCCCGAAUAAAAUAAGUCUUGGAAUAUAAAAUAAAAAAAUACUUUUUCUAUACAUAAAUUGUCAAUAAGGCACUACUGUCAUGAAGUUGCAAUUUAUAUGAAUUCUCUAUCUGAGAAUAUUAUUAUUCAGUAAGCAGGCAGGCAGUUGUGACAACUGAUAUAGCCUGUAUCCAGUUAUCAUUAGAUGGUAGAUGUAGAGGUAUGCUUGUCUAACUUGUUUUUAAAUUGAUUUACAUUUUGAGCAGUAACCACAUCUUCGGGGAAUAUUACAAUUUUUUUUGACGUUUCUUCUCUUAAGCAAAUCUUGUUUCAUGUUAUAUAUUUAAAAAACCUGUAGGCAUUUCACAUGUUCUAUUGCCCCACGCAAUAACAUCCAUCCUAUAUCACCUAUUUAGUAAAAGUAUUAUACUGUAUUUUGUCAGCAAGAAUCGAAAGGUGACAAUACUGUUUUAUCUAAGUAUUAUGUAACUAAUAAUUAAUGCACACUAUCUUAGAUUGUUUCCAAUUAGUAUUUAAUGAAUAAUAAUAUUUUCUCUUGUAUGUUAAUCGUUGUAAAUUGUUUAUGUAACAUGUGAUCUAAUAUGCAGAAAUUUACACACACAAACACACACACCAUUAAAUAGUUAGUGAAAAUAAAUAUAUAGCUACUGAUUUCAUUGUAAUCAUAUUUUAAACCUAACUUUAAAUCUAUUGGAUGGUUUUAAUUAAAUAUUAUUUAUUAAAUUUGUGACAUCGGUCCUUAUGAUAUUUAUUGUUGGAUUAUUAUAAAAAAUGUGAUGUAAACUAGAACUUAUAAAAACCUAGGUUUAAUUUUAUUUAUUAUCUUUCACUAUAUUAAUAUCGUUAGCACUUAUGUAAAGAUGUAUAAUCAAACUAUAACUAACGAGUAUUUUUGUUGAUGUAUUGUAAUGUACCUGCUAGUUUCAAUUUUACGGAACCCAAAUAAGUUUAAAUAGUGAUAGGUAAUUACGCCGGUCAACGAUUCGCAAAAUUACUUUGUAUCACUGUUUUAGUAAACCCGCCUAGCUAGUAGAGUCCGCCUAAACCAGCCCAGGUGGCCUAGCUAAGAUAACAAUUUUGAUAGAAAACGCCAAUCAAUCAAUUUAAUAUUCGCACGCCAGAAAAGGUGUAAUAUGCAGAACAAUUUUGUACCUACUUAAAGAGUGCCCGGCAAUCUCGGCCGUAUUGCACCUUUCCAUACAAACGUAGUAACGUUCUCGUUUUAAAACUACGUAUUGGAUUGUAAUGAAAAUUUUCACAUACAAUGACAUGAGGUAUAUCUAGGUCUGAAAUUAUAUAGCUCCAGUUUAUAAAUCAAACGAAAUAGAGCAAAAACAAGUUUUGUAUGAAAAACUUAAAUUCGCUGUAUUUUUUUAACUAUGGUAUCUGAAGCUACAUAAACCAAUUACAGACAUAGAUAUAACUUAUCCUGUUGUAAGUACAAAGUUUCAGAGCAAUCUAGCUGGUCAUUUUAAAAUGAGAGCGGAACUACGUUUGUAUGGAGAACCGAGCUUGCCGGAAACCCGCGAAUUAACCAUUUGUAUUUGUCACGUGACUUUUCGUAGCAUCUGUCAUCCAUUUUCUUUUCGUUUGGCGUUUGUCGAGUACAUUUAUCAUCUUGGCUAGGUCCCUGUUCAGACUUGGCAAGCGACAAAGUGUAAUAGGAAGCGCUAAAUUCCUACAAAAAUAUGACGUUUUGUGGCGCUGUUAGACUUUGUCGCUAUUAUGUAGACAUUUGUUUGGUUGCUCUACUCCGCAAAAAAUUGGGUAAUCAUCUAUCACUAAAGAUUUUAUUUGGAAAUUUUAACCUUUUGAGCGAUUGGCAAUUCAUAUUAUACACUGCUACGUGAAUAUGAACCUUAUGUGAAUGUUAUAAGGUCGCAUAGCAGUCCCGACUACGAUCAAAUGGUUCGUGUGAUAUUUAGAACUUCUAUUUCUCCUUGUUGGCAUUUAUGUUAACUUACCUUCAAACUCAGGUAAAUCCAUCUGUCAGAUUACGCGAUUUUGGUAUUAAGAAAAGAUAAAAAGGUAGAUAUUUGCUGAGAGGGUCGAAUGGAUUUACCCGAAUUUGAAGUUAAGCGACACAGUUGAUGUUUUUAAUGUUAC